AUGGUCAGUUUCUCUGCCAACCUCCUGGAAAUCACAAUGUUCAUAUCCUGCCUUGGAUUUCUGGGUAAUGUGUUUCUCAUUGUCUCCAUCCUUCAGACCCAGCUGAAAUCCUUCGACUUGUUUCUCUUGGGACUUGCUGUUGCUAACUUGGAGGAAAUUAUCAUUGUGAACAUCUAUGAUAUAAUAAUCCACUGGACUUCCACCACCACAACAGCCACUGGUACGUUAGCGUGUAAUUUUCUAAAGUUCCUGACUGUGUUUGGGGAAAUUUCCAGCAUCCUCUUCACUGUCCUCAUCAGCAUCUUCCGCUACCAGAAGUUAAGAGAUGCAAGCAAACGAGUCAAUCUUUCAAUUUUCCUGGACAGCGUCAGGUUAGCCUGGAUGGUCAGCGGGGUUUGUGUGAUGCUCUCCUUCUUACUGAGUGUUCCCAUUUUUGUCAUCAGCCCUCAUGGUCAUACAGCAAACAUCACAAGAAACAGCAGCGUCUGCCGUCCAGACUUCUUUCAAUGCACUCAAAAUGAUUGUCCCACUCUCAACCAAUUCUUCAAAUAUCUGUUCCUCCUUGUGUGCAACCUGCUGCCUCUCAUCAUUGUGACAGUAACAGGCAUUCUGAUCAUUAGGGUGCUGAUGAAACAGAGGAGGAAGGUGCAGCCGGCGGGGAGUGUGAGCGGGUCGAGUCAUUUCAGCAGGAAGAGUACACAUAUGAAGCUCCAGAGAAGCACCAUCGCCGUGCUGGCAGCUAUGGGACUCUUUCAGGUAAACUGGACUCUCUAUCUGAUCUUCCAUCUGACUUUGAGCCCAAUUGAGUUUCCUUUUUGGGCUGAAAUGGAGUUAUUCAUCUCCACUUCCUAUGCAUCCAUCAGUCCAUAUGUGUACGGGAUAGGGACUAACCUGUUCACUCUCAAGAACUUAACAAAGAAGUAGUCUACAUUUUUCUUUAACGCAGGCUUGUUAAUGAAAUGUCUGGAUUUGGGCGAUAAAAAGUGGUAAGCUAAAAACACGAGAUUUAGUUUGCCAAUAAAACGGCUCCUUAAUGUUAUAAACUGUCAGUGAUAUUGUGUUUCUGAACUCAGAGGUAACAUAGGUAAACAAGAGGUUUUGAUAUCUUUUGAACAGUAGUCAUAUAAGAGAUGACAGCAUUUUGUCUUUAUCAUUUUAGACCCUCAGAUAAAUCAAAUGCGAAAUUGUUUAAGUUUGCACACAUUUUGACUUAGUAAAGCACUGG